AUGGCGGCCUGGGCGGAGCCGGGAAUGCCGGAUGGAUUCGCUGCGCUCCGCUCCCUUUCCCCCGUGGAGCUUCUCCUUCCCCAGUCUCAGAGUGUGGAAGCGCGGUCGUUAGUGGGGCGAGAAUUAAAAGAAAUUGUAUUUAUCAUCCAGAGUCAAAGUAAUUCUUUUCAUUCCAAGAGAGCAGAAGAUCUAAAAAGAGAUAUUUUAAAACAGGCUGCAGAUCUUGGAAAGGAAUUACCUACAGUUCUGCUUAUUCAUCAGAUGAAUAGACAUGAAGGUGCAUGGACCAUACUACCAUUAAUGAGAGACUUAUCUGUUACCUAUGGUGGGAAUUCCUCAUGGAUUUUCUUCUGUGAAGAAGAUACAAGAAUACAAGUUGUAAAGCUUCUGGAAACACUUGGAAGAUUUGAUGCAUCCAAGGAGUGGUUUUUGGGUAAAGCAUUGUAUGAUGAAGAAUCUACAAUAAUUCACCACUAUGCCUUUGCUGAAAAUCCUACAAUCUUUAAAUUUCCAGAUUUUGCUGCUGGUUGGGCACUUAGCAUUCCACUUGUUAACAGGCUUGCAAACAAGUUGAAGAGUGAACCACUCAAGUCAGACUUUACAAUAGAUUUAAAACAUGAGAUUGCACUAUAUAUUUGGCAGAAAGGGGAUGGACCACAUCUUACUCCCGUGCCUGAGUUCUGUACAAACGAGGCGAACUCAUAUAAGGUUGAUCAUUGUGCAACAACAUUCAGUAAUUUUCUGCCACUUUGUGGAGAGCCAGUGAAAAAGGAAGAUGUUUUUGUUGGUGUAAAAACAUGUCGGAAAUUCCAUGCAGACAGAAUACCAAUUGUAAAGCAGACUUGGGAAAGAGAGGCUGCCCUUAUUGAAUACUACAGUGAUUAUGCAGAAAUCUCCAUUCCCACUAUAGACCUAGGAGUGCCUAAUACUGACAGAGGUCACUGUGCAAAAACUUUUGCCAUUUUGGAAAGGUUUUUGAAUCAGAGUUCUUCCAGAGUUCCUUGGUUAGUCAUUGUGGAUGAUGACACAUUGAUAAGCAUCUCCAGACUCCGAAAGCUGCUCAGCUGCUAUGACCCAAAUGAACCAGUAUUUCUUGGAGAGCGUUAUGGUUAUGGCUUGGGAACAGGAGGAUAUAGUUAUAUCACUGGAGGAGGAGGCAUGGUCUUUAGCAGAAUAGCUGUCCAGAAACUUCUUGCUAGUAAAUGCCGGUGUUACAGCAUGGAUGCUCCUGAUGAUAUGGUCCUUGGGAUGUGCUUCAGUGGCUUAGGAAUCCCUAUAACACAUAGUCCACUCUUUCAUCAGGCACGGCCAAUGGACUAUCCAAAAGACUACCUUUCUCACCAAAUUCCAGUAUCGUUCCACAAACAUUGGAAUAUUGAUCCAGUGAAGGUAUAUUUCACAUGGCUGGCACCAAACACAGAAGAUUCAUUUUAUGGAAAGAAAGCUGGAUAUAACAGGGAAGAUUUAUAAGCAGAAGAAUAAUUUAAAUUUCAGUUAAUGUACUGAAAAUGAGAGACAGUCAGUAACUGUGAUUUUUUUUGUCGUUCUUCUAUAUUGUUCAUCUGUUCAUGACAUAGAA